AUGACUGCUUUAAAGAGAAUUAUAAAGUAUGUCAAAACCACUGUUGAGUUUGGUGUGUGGUACAGCAAGGACACAAGUGAUGUCCUAGCUGGGUACUCUGAUGCUGAUGGGGCUGGGAAUGCUAAUGAUAGAAAGAGUACUUCAGGGGGUUGUUUCUAUGUGGGUAAUAAUCUUCUCUCUUGGAUGAGUAAAAAGCAAAACUCCAUCUCAUUAUCCACUGUAGAAGCUGAGUACGUUGCUGCUGGUAGCUGUUGCACCCAACUCCUAUGGAUGCAAAAACUCCUCCAUGAUUAUGGUAUCUGUCAAGAACAUCUCACUAUCUAUUGUGACAAUACUAGUGCCAUUAACAUCUCUAAGAAUCCGGCGCUGAAGUGUGUAAUCAAGGCAAGGGACCCGUGUUUGCAACGGAUCAGCGUUGCUACUCCAGGGUUCCUCAUCACUGGUCCAAUCCCAGAGGGCACACUUACCACUAAUCCGAUACCAGAAGGCAUCCUAAAGGUUGCCAUGCCAUAA